UCUCCUACCCCGGCGAGGCGACGCUGCUCAGCGGCGCCAUGCCGUACAGCCGCGUGGCGCAGCCGGACCGCAUGGCGGAACUCGACAGAGCCAGCGGACUCGUCUUCCAGCUGGCCGAAGUGUCGCCGCCCGUCCACCCCUUCGCCGUCACUCCAGUCGGCGGGAUCCUCUACCUCAAGGGCCACAAGCAGCUGGAUCCUAAUGUCACGCUCUACAAUGUGACGGUGACGUGGGGGUCCAGAGGCUCCGAGGGCCGUGCCGGCAUCAGGGUGCGCGUGCUGGAAGGCGCCUCCGAAGCCUGCCAGGCGGGCAGCAGGAAGCGCCGGCCGUGCGCCAACAUGGAGUCCCUGGCCGACUGCAACGCCUUCUGCGGCCUCGGCACGGGUGCGCACAACGUCACCGUCAACCACGUGCACGAGGGCAGGAACUCCACGGCGCGUCCCGAGGUGGCGCCGCUUGGCGGUUGCGCGUGGCGGGGCGCAAAGGCCAACUUCUCGACGGAGCUGAUCCCCCACUACGCCACCUGCACGCCAGAUGUCCGCCACUGUCCGGACGGCUUCUGCGACCCGCUGGAGAACAUCUCUGCCCUCUGUCCUCAGGACUGCGUCAGGCGGUCGUUCGCCAGCGGCAUCGGCGGCCAGGGCCGCGGCCUCUACAGCUGCGCCGGCGUGGGCGUGUGCUGGGGCGCGCGCCCCGAAUCCUGCAAGUGCAAGACGGACGCCGGCAGGCCGCAGCAGGCCGGCACCGCGGGGGCGGCCGCCGGCUCCCGCCCCACCGCCGCGCCCACCGACUCCCCCACCACCGCCACGCCGUCCUCAGAGUCCCCGGUGGCGCUGGUGUCUGCGUCCGGCAGCCGCGCCAGCUGCGGCGCCGUCUGCGUGAUGGCCGUCGUGGCGGGCAGCGCCCUGCUGCUGUCCGCCGCCGUCGCCACCCUCUACUGGAGGUACAGGAGGUGCGGCCGGCUGCAGCGCGAGCGCAAGCUGGCGGCGGCUGGCGGAACCACGGCCUCCGACUACGUGCAGAGCGCCGCGCAGCACGACGCGCGCCUCCUGGCGCACGAGGCCCGCCCGCCGGUGGACCCGCAGUGGGAGUUCCCGCGCUCUCGCCUGCUGCUGGAGAAGACGCUGGGGGAGGGAGAGUUCGGCCGCGUGCUGCGCGCCAGGGCCAUCGACAUCGCCGGCGUCACGGGUGCGACAACAGUGGCAGUGAAAACGCUGAAGGAGGGUGCGGGCUCUAGUGAGCAGCAGGACCUACUAUCCGAAUACGAGCUGCUCAAGACUGUGUCACACCCUCAUGUGGUGCGCCUGCUGGGUGCCUGCACUUCGCCUGGUGGCCCACUCUACCUCAUCAUAGAGUUUGCUGAGCACGGCUCCCUCAGAAAUUAUUUGCGCAGAAGUCGACAUAUUGAGCCAAGUGCAUUACCUGUCACACCAACAACUCCUCAUAAAAUUCUCAGUUUUGCAUGGCAGAUCUGUAAGGGGAUGACUUAUCUCAGUGAAAUGAAGCUGGUUCACAGAGAUCUUGCAGCAAGAAACAUCCUUGUAGCUGCUGGUGGAAUCUGUAAAGUAUCGGAUUUUGGGCUUACUAGAGAUGUCUAUGAAGACGAUACUUAUUUAAAGAAGAGCAAAGGCAGAGUGCCUGUAAAGUGGAUGGCCUUAGAAUCACUCAUGGAUCAUGUGUACACCAGCAAAUCUGAUGUAUGGAGUUUUGGUGUUGUGCUUUGGGAGCUGGUCACUCUUGGUGCCUCACCUUACCCUGGUGUAGCUGUUCACAAUCUGUUCCACCUUCUACAAGCUGGCUACCGUAUGGAGUGUCCUGAAAAUUGUUCAACAGCACUGUAUAAAGUAAUGAGACAAUGCUGGCAGGAGGAACCUUCUGAAAGACCAAGUUUCAAGCAACUAACAGCCAUAUUUGAGAGCAUGCUAAAAGACAGUGCUGAGUAUUUGGAUUUAAAUCCCAGUAUUGUACAAAAUCCUGGCUACUUUGGUUCAAGAUCAAACUCUCAAGAGAAAUUAAAUUAUGGUGAUGGUAGUGAUGAUCGCGAUAAUGACAUAGGAUAUGGAAACCUAAACAUUCUGCCAACAGACUCUAUAAAUUACCUAAUGUCCACAGCACAAUCAGGCCUGUCUCGAAGACAACAAUUAUGGCACAUAACGGGAGACAAUCAGAAAAUACUGACAAACAAUUCAAGCAAAGAAGAAUGUUUAUCUUUAGUUCCUACAGAACAAAACAGUUACUUGAGUCCAAUACAAGUGCACAGCAGCAAGGGACAAAUGCUAGCAUAUGUCAACAUGACUGACAGUGUAUGUCCUGAACAGCUACAGUCUGGAACGACAAAUAACGUUAUGUUUUGUAGUUCUUCCAGCAGUUGCUCUGCUUCCUGUUCCUCAAAAGUGACACCAUUAUGAGUAUGAAUACAGGAAAAAUAAGUUAUUUGACUUUUCAGGGGGUUUUCUAUUGAGGAUCAUAAGAAGCCCUGUGAAACUUUGAACUUAGACUGUGCAAGGCACAGCAUUUAUAUUUAAUAUCUUGAU